UUUGCAAAAGGAAAAGAUCUAGCGGAAGAAAAGCCCUCUGAUCUGUACCGAACAGUGUUUACUCUGCAAGUCGCUGCCUCGCCCAUUUUGUCCGCGGCCGAAGCUCGCUCGGCGCUGCCGCCGAUCUCCAUAGUGACGGUGCGGGUGCCCGGAUCUGGUGAUGUCGGCUGUCAGCACAAUGGCGGCGGAGGAGGACCCCGCGGUGACCGAGGAGAGCUGCGAGAUAACGCAGCAUGUAGCCGAGUUCAUUGAGAAAGAGUUGGGAAACGACCCCAAAUCUUUAAAGAAACUCUCCCAAAUAACAGAGGAGCUAGCGCUGUACAAAAAAACUCUGGAGGAGCAGGUUCUUACUGUCUCAUCUGAAGUGCCCAAAAAAAUUGAAAAUGCUUUCAAGAAUGCUGAAAACUCCAAGAAGUUGCUAAAUGGCAUAAUUAAGAAAGAGGCAAUCUUAGCUGAGUCUAUCAACAAUCAUUUAGUUACUGCCCAGCCAUUGAUCGAAGAACUGAAUGUAUUGAUUGGACAGAUUGAAGAGAUUGAGCGACACCUUUGGUACUUGAAAUGGAUUUCCCAAAUAGAAGAGUUAAGCGACUGCAUUCAGCAGCACCUAAUGACAAAUAGUGUCUCAGAUGCUGCCAAUACCCUGGUAUCCAUGGCAGAAUUAGAUAUAAAGCUUCAAGAGUCAUCUUGUACUCAUCUGCUCAAUUUUAUAAGAUCCACUGUCAAAUUCUGGCACAAAAUUCUCAAGGACCGAUUGACUAAUGAUUUUGAAGAAGUCUUAAAGCAAUUGCAUUGGCCUUUAAUUGGACCCCAGCAAGUGCAGGCUCCUGCACUGGCAUCAGUGGCAAAUUCAACAGAACUUUACAACAACCUAGAAACAUUAUUCAUUCAACUCCUUAAGUUGCAGACAUCAGAUGAACUAAUAACUAAGCCAAAGCAGUUGCCAGAGAAGUAUGAUAUCCCACUAUCCGUGCCCAUUGCAAUUCCUAUUCAGCUUAUGCUGCUACCACUACAGAAGAGAUUUAAAUAUCACUUUUCUGGCAACAGACAAACGAAUAUGCUAAACAAGCCAGAGUGGUACCUAACACAGGUGUUGAUGUGGAUUGGAAACCACACCAAGUUUUUUGAACAGAAAAUUCAGCCCAUAAUAGAUAAAACAGGCUCUUUUUUGGAUGCGAGGCUGGAGUUCUCACGGGGUCUUGUAAUGCUGGUUUUGGAGAAGAUGUCUGCUGAUAUUCCAAGGCUCCUCUAUGAUGAUAACCUGUUUUGUCACAUGGUAGAUGAAAUAUUGUUGUUUGAAAAAGAACUGCAUAGUGCCCACGGCUAUAUUAACGGCCUCCCAUGCUGCAUGCACAUUCUCUCAGAAGAGACCUGCUUUCAGAAAUGGUUGACAGUGGAAAGAAAAUUUGCUUUAGAAAAGAUGGAUUCAGUGCUAUCUUCAGAAGCUGCAUGGACAUCCCAGUACAAGGACAUUAUGGAUGUGGAUGAGAUGAAAGCUCCAGAUUGUGCUGAAACAUUCAUGACACUUCUUUUAGUGAUUACAGACCGGUACAAGGGUCUUCCUACAGCUGGCCGUAAACUGCAGUUUUUGGAACUCCAGAAAGAGCUGAUAGAUGAUUUCAGGAUUCGUCUGACUCAAGUGAUGAAGGAAGAAACCCGUUCUCCACUAGGAUCCCGUUAUUGUGCUAUUCUAAAUGCUGUCAACUAUAUCGCAGCAGUAUUAGCAGACUGGGCAGAUAAUGUAUUCUUCCUCCAGCUUCAGCAAGCAGCAAUUGAUGCUUGUGGAGAGACCAACACUAUGACUGAGGUGCAACUUGGCCAGCUCGCAUCUCUUGAAAGCUCUGUCUUUGAUAAUAUGAUUGAUUUGCUAGAGCGGCUCCGACACGAUAUGUUGACACGACAAGUAGAGCAUGUCUUCAGAGAAGUGAAAGACAAAGCAAAAGUUUACAAGAAAGAAAGGUGGUUGUUUUUGCCAUCGCAGUCAGAUCAAGCAGUGAUGUCCUUGUCUAGUUCCGCCUGUCCACUCUUACUGACUCUACGAGAUCUAUUACUACAGUUGGAGCAGGAACUUUGCCAUUCACUUUUUAAAUCAUUUUGGCAAAUGCUUGCAGAGAAGUUGGACCUAUUCAUCUAUCAAGAUAUUAUAUUGGCAAAUCACUUCAAUGAAGGUGGAUCAGCACAGCUACAGUUUGACAUGGCACGCAAUCUUUUCCCACUGUUUGCUCACUAUUGCAAGAGACCAGAAAACUACUUCAAGCAAGUGAAAGAAGCGUGUAUCAUCCUAAACCUGAAUGUGGGUUCAGCACUAUUACUGAGAGAAGUGCUCCAGGCUACUUCUGGUACCAUGACUGAUACGACCAACAUUCAACAGCCCACAGCUAGUGCAGCUCUGAAUGAAAUUGGAAUUUAUAAACUGGCCCCGCAGGACGUUGAAAUCCUUUUGAAUCUAAGAACAAACUGGCCAAGUUCAGGCAAAUAAAUAAACAUUUUUCUCCAAAUUUAAAGAUGAAGCAGAAUAGUAAUAUAACUCUUCCCUUCUCUGCAAACAUGCAGGCUGUGCAUUGUGAAUUAAACACAAUUAUCUGGAAAAUGGAGUCUAUGUAUUUAAAUGAUGGACUAACGUGUAUAUACAUAAUCUGUUCAUUGUAAGCAGUUGCUAUUAAUUUAAAAAAUGUUUAGAUAGUUGGCUCCAAGCUUCAGAAUCUAUAAAAAUAACAUAUUAAAAACUAUUUCAAGAUCAUGAAUGUAUCCUGGAAUGACAAAAUUGGAUGUGAUAAAAUUGAUUCUCUUUUAAUAUCUGUACACAAGUAUAUUAUGGGUUAAUAUUAUGAAAUUGUGUCAGGUCCAGUUUAUAUAGCUAAGGAUGGUUAAUUAAAUCUCAAACAAUUUCAACGUGUCAUUGCCACUGCUCACUUGUUAACUGAUUAAAUCAGAUUGUCUGUUUUUACCA